CUUUAACUGUGAUUGGACUCCCUUAGACUUUCUAGCCUCUGAUUGGAUAGAGUCCUCCAAUAGCGGUCUAUGCGGUAGUUACGUCACACAGCAAUGGCACCCCUGCAGCUCGAAAAGCAACGAGGGCGGUUUGCUGCCCUUGCCAUCGCUGCAGUGGUGAUUGUGGUGGGCAUCCCUCUAUGGUGGAAGACCACCCAGACUUAUCGCGCCUGGCUGCCGUACUCUGAAAUCAGCGAGCUCGACACGCUACGGCUCCAGUUAAGUGUUGACGUAGAGGUGGUCUUCUCACGGGGUACACUGUCCCCAGAACAGCAGAAAAAGGUUCCACUCAGCCAUGUUAGUGAAAAAGAGCAUGAAGUGGAUGCUAAAACAGGUUUGCGGUACAGAUUUGAAACCAAAUAUCGCACCGCCACUAUAAUGGAGGAAGAUGCUUUGAAUCAGCCCACUGCUGCAGAGGCAGAUCUGUCUCUGCAUAUGCUCACAGAGAGUGCUUGUGGGUCUGUGGUUGUGUAUGUGAUCCCGGAGUCCUCCAGCCUUUUGCCAAAAGAUGUAAAUGUGUAUGUGGGGCAACGACGCACUGCGUUACUACGCUCUACUCCUGUUAGAGACUCCUGGAGUUUAAAGGAGGUCCUGGCAAAUCUGGAUCCGCAAGUGGAGCAGGUAGUGAACACCAUGUCCUUCAGUCACCGGGAUAUUAUAGCUGCUCUGAGCGACCGUGUCCGCUUAACCAAAGUGACUAAGGAGAGUAUGGCAGAUAGCAUGAGGGCCAUUAAAUCCAGUCCAGGCUAUGAGAUCACAUUCAGCCUGCUCAACCCAGACCCAAAAUCACACAAUCUUUACUGGGAUAUUGAGGGUGCCGUUUAUAGCUACAUUCAGCCUCUUCUGAAUAAACUUGCCCCCAUAGCAAACUUUUCUGUUGAUUCUCAGAUUCUGUAUUAUGCUGUUCUGGGUGUUAACCCUCGAUUUGACAAUAGUAUGUCUGCCUAUGCACUCCGUGCAGACAGUCUGUCGCAUGUCAUCAACCCUGUGGAGGCCAGACUAGGGUCCAAUGCAGCUUCAUCUAACCCUGUGUUAAACUUCCUGCUGUAUGUGCCAGAUGCAAACCAUUCUCCUCUUUUUAUCAGAGACCACAGUAAACGGGAAGUGCCCUCCAAUGCCUUUCACAGCCCCCGUUGGGGAGGGAUCAUGGUGUACAAUGUGAAUGACAUGUAUGGACCCAAUGCUCAACUUCCUGUUGACAUAAACAUUGAUAUGGCUAAAGUGAUGGGCGUAUUCUUGGCACAGUUACGACUACUUCUGGGUAUCCAGCACACUCAUCCUCCCCCAGGCUUCAUGUUGCAAAGUCCAGGCAAUGCUGGACUGACCGACUGGGAGCUGGACCGACUCCUGUGGAGCCGAAGCGUUGAGAACAUCGCCACCGCCAGCACCACCAUCACCUCGCUCGCUCAGCUGCUCGACCAGAUCGGAAACAUUGUCAUCAAUGACAAUAUCGCACAGCAGGUCUCCAGUGCAGUGACUUCACUCCAACUUGCUGUUGCUGAGUUGGAAGCUGGAAAUUUGGCAUUUGCACUCCAGUACAGCAGGGAGGCUAUUUUGGCUUCAGAGAGGGCGUUUUUCGACCCCUCUCUUUUGCAUCUUCUCUAUUUUCCUGAUGACCAGAAGUUUGCUAUCUACAUUCCUCUUUUUUUACCCAUGUGUGUACCUAUUGUGCUAUCGCUGCUGAAAAUUGUGAAUGAAGCUAGGCGGAAGCGUGCAGAUAAGCAAGCCAAAAACGACUGAGAGACGAUUAAAGGCAGCACGUGUGUUUUUAUUUUAUAUUUAUAAAAAUAAAAUAUAGUCAUGGUACAUUAAAGUAUAUGUCAGUAUGUGAAUUCUGGGAAAAAUGUUGCUGCUUCAGUUUUCUGCAGCCAUGCUUGAAUAUUUCAUGAAUGAAAAUUGAUUUGUAUGGGUGCAGUUUGUUCAGGGUUUUUAAGUGUUUGCACUUCAUGUCUUGUUUUGACACUGUAAUACUGGAUGCAUCUCUGUUUUAUUACUGUAUAUGUUUGUUUUUUGUUAUUUUUAAUAUAGCCAAUUUCGAGCCAUAACACAAAAUAGGUUUUUACAUAAACACAUUACAAUACCAGAAACUUGGAUUUGUGGGUGCUUAAACUUUCAAAUCGGCUCAUGUACAGUUUUCUUAAUUGUUAAUAUUUUUCUUUAUGCUUUUUGGUAUGUUAUCAAAGUAAUGAAAAAUUUGUAGGAUGAGGUGAAAUUUUCUUUCAUGCCUUUUUGUUUACAAAUCCCACAGCUUACAUUAAAUUGGGAAGAUUUAUAAUGCGUUUCUGUUUUUUGCCAGAAGAUUAAGGGAAAGCUUUAUUAAACAAAUACAAAGCUUAAAAAA